UUCAGCUGUCCCCCUCCUCUAUCUCAGCUGCACAAUGUCUAUUUUUAUUUUCCUCCUGGUGUGACUGUGCACAGACUGAUCCCGCCAUUUGUUUCCAGUCAACACCCUCCCACAAAAAUAGAUUGGGUCAACCUGGAGUACCAGUGAAAGAAAAGUGAAAAUAUAAGAUUAUCGCGCAAUGCCAUUUUGUUCUCGUGCGAUAAGCAGAGGGCAUAAGCUCAUUUUAUGAAGGGCAUGGGUUGGGUUUAAAUUCCCCUUGAAAGAUAUGUAGUCUAUUAUGAAGGUUUCUGGGCACUGAGCUGACUACCUUGAGCAAGACACGCGAUUGAGGGUGUUUAUACAUAACGCAAAUCAUCCACCAGUGUUUCUACUGACAUCCGUCACUCCUCGAUAUUGUUUUGCUAUUAGCAUGGAGGAGAUGCGAUCAGGCUGCGCUUGCGCAGAAUUUCUAGUCAUCCGGGCUACUGCCAUUGAGUGUGAGGGUAAGGAGGCGGGAAAUGGCGUCUGGAGGUGCAGCGCACGGUCGGACAAACGGUGCCUGAACAUAGCCGAGGAAAGGUGGCCAGAGACAGCGGCCGUCUUCGGCACGGUGACCGAACAGCUAAGGGUGUCCUCAUAUCUCAUCAAAGAGAUACUUACGAGUUUCGUAAAUCUUACAUGUGACCGUUAACACCAUGAGGCUGAGAAUGCGCAAGGCUUCUCAGCAGGCGAGCCCCACCCGAACAUCCCGCCCGUCACGGCCCAAGCGGAAGCACUCCGAGGUGGACGAGUGUUCCGCCGGGGGUAAGGGCCUGCUCUCCACCAUCAAGAAGUUCAUCAGAGGCAAUGCCGUCAAGGUGGAGCAUGAGAACCCGGCCAAGAGGAGUCGGCUGAGCUGUGACCUCAUCACGUCCACGCCGCAGACGGGCAACCUGCCAAAGAAGAGCAUCACCAGGGUGCGCAGGAGAGGCUCAGUCAACGGGGAAGCUACGAACCAUGACACGAGUAAAGGCUCCAAGCCCAACGGGAAGCUGGAGGAGGCGGUUGACACGAUUACUAGUCCGCCCCGCACCACCCUCCUGGACACCAUCUUCUCCCCGGUCUUCAAUUACUUCUCACCAGCAAACAAGAACGGCACGUCAGGCUCUGACUCUCCUGGGCAGGCCGUGGAGGCUGAGGAGAUUGUGAAGGCCCUGGACAUGGAGCAGGGCGAGGAGACCCCCACCAGCACUGCCACCUCCGCGGAGGUCGUCCGAGCGCCCCUCUACCCUCCCGCCGCCCUGCCUCCGCCCCCCCUGCACCCCCCUCCCGCAGACGAGCCCCCCGAGGAGGCUGAGAACACCAUUGAAACGGACCUGCCACCCCUCACGGCCCCAGACACAGUCCCAGAGGUGGGGUAUGUGGAGGUUCCAGCCACCAUCCCAGCAGAGGCUUCAUAUGAGGAGGACUGGGAGGUGUUUGACCCGUAUUUCUUCAUUAAGCACGUGCCCCCUCUGACUGAGGAGCAGCUGACGCGUAAGCCGGCUCUUCCCCUGAAGACCCGCAGCACUCCAGAGUUCUCCCUGGUGCUCGACUUGGAUGAGACGCUGGUGCAUUGUAGCCUGAAUGAGCUGGAGGACGCAGCACUUACCUUCCCUGUCCUCUUCCAAGAUGUUAUAUACCAGGUGUAUGUGCGGUUGAGGCCGUUCUUCCGGGAAUUCCUAGAACGGAUGUCACAGAUUUAUGAGAUUAUCCUCUUCACAGCCUCCAAGAAGGUGUACGCAGACAAACUGCUCAACAUCCUCGACCCCAAGAAACAGCUGGUUAGGCACAGGUUGUUUCGGGAGCAUUGCGUGUGUGUGCAGGGGAACUACAUCAAAGACCUAAAUAUCCUCGGGAGGGAUCUGUCUAAGACCAUCAUCAUUGACAACUCGCCACAGGCCUUCGCUUACCAGCUGUCUAACGGUAUACCCAUUGAGAGCUGGUUCAUGGACAGGAAUGACUGCGAGCUCCAGAAGCUGGUCCCUUUCUUGGAGAAACUGGUCGAGCUGAAUGAGGACGUGCGACCCCAUGUAAGGGAGCGAUUCCGUCUCCACGACCUGCUCCCACCAGACUGAAAACCCUGCCUUCCCCAACAGACCCUCUCAUACGGACACGAAAUAAUAAACACAAACAACUCCAACAACAAACAGACCUGUACAAAUGAAACAAACAGUACAAAAACAAAACAAGCCAACCGAUUCUGGAUUCCAACCACAGCAUUGCUGUUGAAAUUUGACCUGU